AUCGCGAGAUCUGGAGCACUGAGCGAGGCCUUGGCGCUGGUGUCGUGCUCGGGGAGUUGCUCCUUGCAGCUCUCAGUGCCCAACCCCAGAGCCGUCGAAGGAUUUUCCCCGGCCCUGCCAGCUCCAGGCAGCCGGGGCACCCAGGAGCUACGCUCGCAGCAGCAGAGCGUGACACCAGCUGCUGCAGCGCCGGUGAGAGGGAGUGGUUCCACAUCCCUGGUACCCCCCAGCCCACCACAGCACGUGGAGAGCGUAGCCAUGGAGCUGGAGGACCACUGUCCCAUCUGCCUGGGCAGCUGGGAGGAGGCCAGCUUUGUUAUGCCAUGCCUCCACCGGUUCUGCUACCCGUGCAUCCUGCGGUGGGCUGAGAGCAAGCCCGAGUGCCCCCUCUGCAAGAGGAGGAUCCUCUCCAUCUUGCACUCGGUGCGGGCGGAUGAUGACUACGUGGAGCAUAUCAUCACACCACCCUCAGGCGUUGUCCGUCAGGCGGGAGGAGCUCCCAGACGUGCAGCUGCCCACGACCUCCAUCUCCCUGGAGCACCCCAACGCUGGGCUGCAGAAGGGGUGCCCAGGCGUCCUGUGGGCAUCUUCCAGCCCCCAAACUGGUUGAACAACUUACGGGACAACCCAGCGCUCCUCCAGAUCCUGCAGCCCUGUGUCCAUUGGCAGAUGGAGGAGAUCUUUGGCAGCAGAGUGUUGGAGGCAGCCAUGGAGGAGGACACAAUCACCGCCAUCCUGACCAGCCAAAGGAUGGAUGCAGAGCUGCUGGGCCAGAUGCUGGGGGUCUCCCACCAAAAGUGCAAGGAGACACUCAUGCAACACCACAGACAUGUUGCUGCACAACGGUGCAGCAGAGAGACCCAACGUCUGCUGGGCUGGCAGGAUGUCCCUGCUGCUGGAGGUCAGGAGGACCGCCCCACGGGUGCCCCUGGCCCCACUGCCACCGAAGGAGGGUCUCUUGUCCCCGGCCCAGCCUCCUCCAGCAGCCCUGCAAGAUCCAGCGCAGACGAGCUCCCUGGCACCUCAUCUGCUGCCAUUGGUGGGAUUCCCAGCAGCCACCCCUCUGCUCCCAUUGCCAUCCCUGCGGAGCAAGAAGUGCCCCAGGAGGAGCCAGGGAAGACUGUGCCCGAGCCAUCCACUUCCAGCCGGGGCAGGGAACGCUCCCCUGGGAGGCCACGGCAAGCCCCAAAGAGGAGGACCGACAGCUCCGAGGCCUCCCCAGCCAACAAGAGGCCAGCACCGCGUCGCUGA